AUGUUCUCCAAACUUGUCCAAACACGCACUAUGGGUGCUCUCUGCAACCUUCGGGCUUCUAUGAGCUCAGCUGGACCUGCAGCCACUGAAAAUCCUGUGGAAGAACCAUUAAACUCAGAAUAUGUAUAUGAAAGAGAAGCAAAGUACGGGGCUCACAACUACCACCCUCUGCCUGUUGCUCUGGAAAGAGGAAAAGGUGUGUAUGUGUGGGAUGUGGAAGGCCGGAGGUAUUUUGACUUCCUGAGUGCGUACAGUGCUGUGAACCAGGGGCACUGUCAUCCCAAGAUUGUUGAUGCUUUGAAGUCUCAAGCAGAUAAACUGACACUUACUUCUAGGGCUUUCUACAACGAUGUCCUUGGGGAAUAUGAAGAGUACGUGACAAAACUAUUCAACUACAACAAAGUUCUCCCUAUGAACACAGGUGUUGAAGGUGGUGAAACGGCCUGCAAAUUGGCCCGAAAAUGGGCAUACACUGUGAAAGGCAUUCCCAAGUACAAGGCUCAGAUUAUAUUUGCAGCUGGCAACUUCUGGGGCAGGACUAUGUCUGCUAUAUCUGCCUCCACAGACCCUUCCAGCUAUGAGGGUUUUGGACCAUUUAUGCCUGGAUUUAAAGUAAUCCCAUAUAAUGACCUCCCUGCCCUUGAGCGAGCUUUGCAGGACCCCAAUGUGGCAGCUUUUAUGGUUGAGCCUAUUCAAGGUGAAGCUGGUGUCAUCGUUCCUGAUGAUGGCUACCUGACCGGCGUGAGACAGCUGUGUUCAGCAUAUAAUGUUCUGUUCAUUGCUGAUGAGGUACAGACUGGAUUGGCCAGAACUGGGAAGAUGCUUGCUGUAGACCAUGAGGAUAUUCGGCCAGAUAUUGUGAUCCUUGGAAAAGCCUUGUCAGGUGGAGUGUAUCCGGUCUCUGCUGCUCUUUGUGAUGAUGAGGUUAUGCUCACAAUCAAGCCAGGAGAACAUGGAUCUACCUAUGGGGGAAAUCCAUUAGCUUGCCGUGUGGCAAUGGCUGCUCUAGAGGUGAUAGAGGAGGAGGAGAAGUUGGCUGAGAAUGCCAGAUUAAUGGGGGAGCUGCUGAGAGCAGAGCUUAUGAAGGCGCCAUCAGACAUAGUGACAGCUGUCAGAGGAAAGGGUUUACUUAAUGCCAUUGUCAUAAAACAAACUAAAGACUGCGAUGCCUGGAAAGUGUGCCUCCGGCUCCGUGAUAACGGACUCUUGGCCAAACCCACACAUGGAGAUAUCAUCAGACUGGCACCCCCUCUGACUAUUAAUGAAGAGGAGAUCCAGGAGUGCACUGAAAUUAUCCACAAGACAUUGCUUUCAUUUUGA